GAUAAUUAUCGCUCACAUAUACACUCUCUGCACAGAACUGCAGAGAGAGAGAGAGAGAGAGAGAGAGAGAGUCCUAGAGAGAGAAAAAGGCGUACAGAGGUGAAAAGUGUGCAAGAGAUAAAAGGGAUCGAAGAAAAAGGUUCACGUACAGAGGAGGGGAAGUCCAAAAUAAUCGAAUUUUUUGUUUUGCGUAUCGCCUUAUUUCUUCUUGAGUUAUAUUGUUUGAAGAGAUCAGCAAUUUGAUUCGGAUUUGUUGGGAAUUUUUACGAGUAUAAUGGUGGAGAUUUGGGCAACUGAGAGCUAGGAGUUUGUGGGUUUCAAGGGUUUUGUAAUGGUGCAAAUGGGUGCGUUUUUCUUGGAUCUGAGAGAUCGUUGAUACAGUGGUAGCUCAGCAUAUACAUGUGUGUGUGUAUGUGUGUGUGAUUGUGAUGGAGAGAGAAGCUAUGGCGUCGCUUUUGGUUUGGUUGAUCAUGGUGGUUCAUCCACUUAGGUUCAUUUAUGCUAACAUGGAAGGUGAUGCUUUACAUAGCUUACGGACCAGCUUACAAGAUCCUAACAACGUGCUACAGAGUUGGGAUCCUACUCUUGUCAAUCCUUGCACAUGGUUUCAUGUUACAUGCAACAAUGAUAAUAGUGUAAUAAGAGUUGAUCUGGGGAAUGCUGCAUUAUCUGGUCAAUUGGUCCCUCAGCUUGGCCUUCUAAAGAAUUUGCAGUACUUGGAACUCUACAGUAAUAAUAUUAGUGGACCCAUUCCAAGUGAUCUUGGAAAUCUGACCAAUUUGGUGAGCUUGGAUCUCUACUUGAACAGUUUUGGGGGUCCAAUCCCAGGCACAUUGGGCAGGCUGUUGAAAUUGCGGUUCCUCCGGCUCAACAACAACAGUUUGACGGGACCCAUUCCGAUGUCAUUGACUAAUAUCUCGUCACUGCAAGUGUUGGAUCUAUCAAACAACCGCCUCUCGGGAGUUGUUCCAGAUAAUGGAUCCUUUUCUCUAUUCACUCCCAUCAGUUUUGCAAAUAACCUGGAUCUAUGUGGUCCGGUUACUGGACGGCCUUGCCCAGGAUCUCCUCCGUUCUCUCCACCCCCCCCAUUUGUGCCACCACCUCCAAUUUCAUCGCCAGGAGGGAAUAGUGCCACCGGAGCGAUUGCUGGAGGGGUGGCUGCUGGUGCUGCUCUACUAUUUGCAGCUCCUGCCAUGGCGUUUGCAUGGUGGCGCCGCAGAAAACCACAAGAAUAUUUCUUUGAUGUGCCUGCCGAAGAGGAUCCUGAAGUCCAUUUGGGCCAGCUGAAAAGGUUUUCUCUGCGAGAAUUACAAGUUGCAACGGACAGUUUCAGCAAUAAAAACAUUCUGGGUAGAGGUGGAUUCGGUAAGGUUUACAAAGGACGCCUGGCAGAUGGUUCACUGGUAGCUGUAAAAAGGCUAAAGGAGGAGCGUACGCCAGGUGGGGAGCUGCAAUUCCAAACGGAAGUUGAGAUGAUCAGUAUGGCUGUGCAUCGAAAUCUCCUACGACUCCGUGGUUUUUGUAUGACACCAACUGAACGUCUGCUUGUUUAUCCCUAUAUGGCUAAUGGAAGUGUAGCAUCAUGUUUAAGAGAACGCCCACCAAAUGAACCUCCUCUUGAUUGGCCAACAAGGAAGCGAAUUGCAUUGGGAUCUGCAAGGGGACUAUCUUAUUUGCAUGAUCACUGUGACCCAAAGAUCAUUCACCGUGAUGUGAAAGCUGCAAAUAUAUUGUUGGAUGAGGAGUUUGAGGCUGUUGUUGGAGACUUUGGUUUGGCUAAGCUUAUGGAUUACAAGGAUACCCAUGUUACUACUGCUGUACGGGGUACAAUUGGGCAUAUAGCACCUGAGUACCUCUCCACUGGGAAAUCUUCAGAGAAAACUGAUGUUUUUGGGUAUGGGAUAAUGCUUCUGGAGCUAAUCACUGGACAGAGGGCAUUUGAUCUUGCUCGCCUUGCAAACGACGACGAUGUGAUGUUACUUGAUUGGGUGAAAGGACUUUUGAAAGAGAAGAAACUGGAAAUGCUGGUCGAUCCUGAUCUGCAAAGCAAUUAUGUUGAGGCUGAAGUAGAGCAGCUAAUACAAGUUGCACUGCUUUGCACACAAGGCUCUCCAAUGGACCGACCCAAAAUGUCAGAGGUGGUGAGAAUGCUAGAGGGUGAUGGGUUGGCUGAAAAAUGGGACGAGUGGCAGAAGGUGGAAGUUCUCAGACAGGAGGUGGAACUUGCACCCCAUACUAGUUCAGAUUGGAUUGUUGACUCAACAGAGAAUCUACAUGCUGUUGAGUUGUCCGGUCCAAGGUGACCCCAUCACAGCUAUAAAGAAAAUUGAUAGGGUCUUUCAAUUUAUUUUUUUUGUUGUUAUAAAGUUUUUUGCCUUUUCCCCUCUAUUUAUUAUAGCUAAACAUCGUCUUUCAUGACUCCUGUAAGCCCCUUGUGAAAUGUGCAUAUGGAUUUCUAUUGACGGGCAAUUUUUACAAUCCACGCCAUGAUGUUUUGAUUUUUUUGAUAGGAAUCAUAAUGUUUUCAUGGACAGAUGCUGUUAAUGCUAGUUCAAUGUCGUUGUGCAGCACAAGUUUGUGCACCCAGUG